CGUGAGAGACACCAGUGAGAAGUGAUGCCUGUGAAAGGUCGGGCUGCAACCUAACCAAACCCAAAAUAUCUCUCUCUCUCUCCCUUCCCCGCUCUUCUAGACCCACCACACGCGAGGAGGAGGCGCCCCAGGGACCCUACUAUGCAUGGGGCACGAGGGAGAGCCAGUGAGAGCAAGGGAGACGCCAGGGAGAGAAGAAAUGCAAAAAUUUAGCUCUACCGCCCUCACAAAAUCUUCCAUAAUCAUUUUCUGUCAACGGCUUGGGAAAAAGAAGACUUCCACGUGGUGAGUGGGCGGGCAAUGAACAGCCACCCUCACGCCCACAGCAUAUUACAUAAAGUGGGUGUAAAGGGCGUGGGCGGCAUGGGCGUGCAGUUCCACCCAACUCUACUUGGUGUCAAUUCCUCGCGGGCGGGCUCCUCUGGCUCUCUCGUGGGCGUGGGCGCGGGCGUGGCGUCUCUAGAGGGGGAGGUGGGCGUGCCUGACUGCGCGGCCCUGUAUCCUGUGUCGGAGGCGCUUCUUCACAACCUGCACUCAAGAUACAAGAGGGACCAAAUCUAUACUUACGUGGGAACGGCUCUGAUCUCCGUUAACCCAUACCGGCGUUUGGCCCUGUACACACCUGAGGUCAUUGAGGCAUAUCGUUCUAGUUGUGUGUUUCAGCUUCCACCUCACAUUUAUGCCGUGGCGGACGCAGCACACAGGGGCGUAUGGGAGAGAAACACAGAUCAGCUGGUGGUGGUGUCGGGGGAAAGCGGUGCGGGAAAAACUGAAGCUGCAAAGUUGGUUCUGCAAUACGUGGGGGAUAAAUCGGAGCCUUGUCCACGCCUUCUUCAGUGUAACCCCGUGCUGGAAGCCUUUGGGAACGCGAGAACGAGAAGAAAUGAUAAUUCUUCAAGAUUUGGCAAAUACAUGGAGCUGGAGUUUGAUCACAAGGGCGACCCCAUCGGAGGCACCAUUACACACUAUUUGCUGGAAAGGCCUAGAGUCACCAGCCAACUUCAAGGGGAGAGAAACUAUCAUAUUUUUUACCAACUUCUCGCCGGUGCAGAUAUUCAAACAUUAAAAUCAUUGAAACUGCAAAGAAAUACUGAGAAUUAUAAUAUUCUUCAAAGCACCAGACUCACGCCAUCAGACACGCAAGAUGACAGACACGAGUUUGGCAUCACGAAGCGGGCAUUGGACGUGCUGGGGCUGACGUGGGAGGAACAGCUGGAGGUGUGGAAGGUCGUGGCCGCCGUAUUGAAGCUCGGCAACCUGACCUUCACGUGCGUCAGUAACAUUGAUGGUACUGAGGGAUGCAUCAACGAGAAUGCCUAUGAACUACACGAGGUUUGUGAUUUGCUGACGUGUGAGGUGGCGUCACUGUCCACGGCCCUGCAAACAAGGAGUGUAGAGGCCCGUGGUGAAACAGUGGUCGCAGAAUUAUCAGCAGCCGAAGCCACGAGGACCAGAGAUGUUCUUUGCCGCGCCCUCUACAGCAGAUUGUUCACCUGGGUCGUGUCAAGGGUCAAUGAGGCUAUCAAGGUGAAAACUUUAGCGAGACGAAAAGUUCUUGGAAUCCUUGACAUCUUUGGAUUUGAAAUACAAGAAGUCAACAGUUUCGAACAGCUUGUUAUUAACUUUUGUAACGAGAAGCUUCAUCAGGUGCUGGCGGAGGUCACACUCAAGCUGGUUCAGGAGGAUUAUCAACGAGAGGGCCUGGACUGGUCGAUGGUUGACGUGCCCACCAACACACCUGUCGUUGACCUUAUAGAACAGAGACAAACAGGCGUGCUGGCGGUGGUGGAGGAGGUGUGUGCGCGGGUCGGCAGCAGCACAGAGGCUCUCCUGCAGCAGCUCUCCUUCUCCUGCGGCGGACACUCUCUCUUCGACAUCAAGGGCGGCCGUCACCAGCACUCUGACAACAAUAUUCCCGCAGACGCCUUCAGAAUCCGACACUUCGCUGGUUCCGUGACGUACAGUGUGCCAGGAUUUAUAGAGAAGAACCUUGACACACUGCACAGGGACCUCAGCCGGUGUAUGUUCAGAUGUCAACACCGCAUCAUGAAGGAACUGUUCCCUGAAGGCAACCCGCGCCGCACGACCUUGAAGCGGCCAGCCAGUGUUGCUACCCAAGUGAUCAUAUCUGUAUCAGCUCUCACACGGACCGUAAGAAGCAAACAGGCCCAUCUUAUCACAUGUAUCAAGCCUAAUGAACUAAAACAACCUAGAAUUCUUGAGUCUGCCCUCGUCUUGCACCAAAUUAAGUACCAUGGGUUGGUGGAGCAGGCAAGGGUCCGCGGUGAGGGAUGGGCCUACCGAGCAACCCACGAGGUGUUCUUGGGACGGUACGGAAUGCUCUCCCUUCACACAUGGCCUGCCUGGAGGGGCCCGCCGCUGGAAGGAUGUGCGCUUCUCCUGGCUGACCUCCCACUCACCCCUUCCCAGUACACCUUCGGGAGGACUAAAGUCUUCAUCAAGAGCCAGCGCGCGGUACACGAGCUGGAGGAGUACCGCAGGGAAAGAUUUGAGGACCUUGCCAUUUUGGUGCAGAAAAUUUACCGUGGUUGGCGUGACAGACAGCAUUACAGGGCCCUCCGCGCGGCUCAGAUCUGCAUUGCCACGUGUUGGAGGAGUUGGAAGGCACGGGAGGAAUACAGACAGCUAAAACAAAAAAAGAAAGUAGAUUGGGCGGCCGCUGUCAUCCAACUCUCCUAUAUAAACUACCAGCGAUGGCGGUACAUUGUAAGAGUCUUAGAGGAAAUGCCAUCAGACUCUCCCAUAGACCCCUCCUGGCCGCCCCCGCCCUCUUCCAUGACAGAAGUGGGCAUGUUACUCAGAAGACUUCAUCAUAAAUGGCGGUGUCACCGUUAUCGCCUUCAGUUUGACCAGACAGCAAGGAAUAGGAUGAGAGAGAAAGUAACGGCCUCUAUCAUAUUCAAAGAGAGGAAAGCAUCGUACUCUAAAAGUGUGUCUCACCCCUUCCUCGGGGACUACGUGAGGCUGCGACAAAAUACCCAAUGGAAGAAACUUGCGGCUGAGACUAAUGACCAGUAUGUUGUGUUUGCAGACAUCGUUAACAAGAUUACUCGCUCUGCUGGCAAGUUCGUGCCAAUCCUGCUUGCUCUCUCUACCAACUCCCUGCUAAUCCUGGACCAGAGGACGCUGCAGGUUAAGUACAGGAUACCAGCGUUGGAAAUACAAAGGAUAUCUCUCUCCCCAUUCCUUGAUGACAUUGCAGUCCUUCACGUGAGGCCGCCAUCCCCUACCACUGACCUUGGGGCCUCACAGAACCUUAAUCCUGGAUGCCUUUUCGGGUCAGAUGAAGCCAAGCGAAAAGGUGACCUGGUUUUGCAGACGGGUCAUGUCAUUGAGGUCGUGACAAAGUUGUUCCUGGUCGUUCAAAAUGCUACAGGAAAACCACCGGAUGUUAAUAUUUGUACUGAAUUCGACGCCAAUUUUGGUCAGCAUUCUGUUUUGUUUACCUUCAAGACUGCUGGGCUGGCCGAGCUCGUGCCAGGUCAAAUUAGGAUUAUGAGGAGACACAAUAGAAUGGAGGUUGUCCUGUAGGUGGUGGUGGUGGUGGUGGUGGUGGUGGUGGUGGUAGUGUGUGUGUGUGUGUGUUUUGUUUAUCUUUGUGUCUGAUUAUUUGUUUUCGUUUUUUUUAUUUUUCUUGUUGUUUUUGUUUUCUUGUUUGUUCUUGUUCUUCUUCUUCUUGUUCUUCUUGUUCUUCUUCUUGUUCUUCUUCUUCUUCUAGUAGUGAUGAGUGAGAGAGAGAGAGAGAGAGAGAGAGAGUUUGCUUUUUAUAUUUUCUUUUCUUCUUCUUCUUCUUCUUCUUCUUCUUCUUCUUCUUCUUCUUCUUCUUCUUCUUCUUCUUCUUCUUCUUCUAGUAGUGAUGAGUGAAAGAGAGAGAGAGAGAGAGAGAGUUUGCUUUUUAUAUUUUCUUUUCUUCUUCUUCUUCUUCUUCUUCUUCUUCUUCUUCUUCUUCUUCUUCUUCUUCUUCUUCUUCUUCUUCUUCUUCUUCUUCUUCUUCUUCUUCUUCUUCUUCUUUUCUAUAUACUUUCGUUAUUAUUAUUAUUAUUAUUAUUAUUAUUAUUAUUAUUAUUAUUAUUAUUAUUAUUAUUAUUAUUAUUAUUAUUGUACGUAUGAAACUACUACUACUACUACUACUACUACUACUACUACUACUACUACUACUACUACUACUACUACUACUACUACAAGUUUGACAGAAGAAACGAAGAAGAAGAAGAAGAAGAUAAUGAAGAAGAACAAACACACACACACACACACACACACACACACACACACACGAGAGAGAGAGAGAGAGAGAGAGAGAGAGAGAGAGAGACAAUCAUAUAAAUAAAUAAUAAAUAAACAAAUUGUAAAAUAUUAGAAAAAUUUAAAUAUAAGAAUUUAGGUCGAUUAUUGAAAAAAAAAAAACAUUUAAAAACACACAUUUAAAUCACACGCACACACACACACACACACUCUUGACAUGCCUAAAAGAAAAUGGAAAAUUAAAAGAAAACGGGAAUAAACAAUUAAUAUGAAAGAAGAAAAAAAAACACGAAGGAAUGUUAUAUAUUAAAAUAAAUAAAUAAAUAAAAACCACCAAACAUUUUGAGGAAGAAAAAACCGUUAACUGAACAAAUUUAAAUAACUUUUCUUUGUUUUUCGUUUUUUUUUUCAAUAUUUUUCCUCGUGCAAUAUUCUCUUUGUUUGUUUGUUUGUUUAAGUAGGUUUACAUAUGACAACAUUUCCUGUAUAUGUCUUGUAUAGAUAAAAUCCCAUACUGUAGGUUUUAAAUAUACAAAAGUUUCAAUAA